UUUAUCCUGGAAAAUAGUGUCCCAAGGAAUGAGGAAUAUGCUGCUCUGACUGAAAGGAAUAUGAUCAUUCCUUUGUGCCAAAGAGGAUAUUUUCCCUGUGGGAACCUGUCCAAGUGCCUCCCCCGAGCUUUUCACUGUGACGGUGUGGAUGACUGUGGGAACGGUGCUGACGAGAAGAACUGUGGUGACACUAGUGGAUGGGCCACCAUAUUUGGCACAGUUCAUGGAAAUGUUAAUACUGUGACAUUAACACAGGAGUGCUUUUUAACUCAGUAUCCGCAACUCUGUGAUUGCAAAGAAACUGAACUGGAAUGUGUAAAUGCUGGCCUAAAGUCUGUGCCUACAAUUUCCUCCAAUGUGACAUUACUGUCUCUUAAAAGAAACAAAAUCCACAGUCUGCCAGAUAAAAUUUUCAUCAAAUACACAGAACUUAAAAAAAUAUUUCUUCAGCAUAAUUGCAUCAGACACAUAUCCAAGAAAGCAUUUUUUGGAUUAUACAAUCUGCAAAUAUUAUAUCUCAACCACAACAGCAUUACAACUCUCAAACCUGGAGUAUUCAAAGACUUACAUCAGCUAACUUGGCUAAUUCUAGAUGACAAUCCAAUAACCAGGAUUUCACGGCAGUUGUUUACUGGAUUAAAUUCUUUGUUUUUCCUGUCUAUGGUUAAUAACUACCUAGAGGCCCUCCCCCAGCAGAUGUGUGCCCAAAUGCCUCAACUUAACUGGAUGGAUCUGGAAGCCAACCGAAUAAAGUAUCUUACAAAUUCCACCUUUCUGUCAUGCAAGUCACUCACAGUGCUGUUUCUGCCUAGAAAUCAAAUUGAUUUUGUUCCAGAGAAGACAUUUUCUUCAUUAAAAAGUUUAGGAGAACUGGAUCUGUCUAGCAAUAUGAUAAUGGAGCUACCAGCCCACAUUUUUAAAGACCUAAAGCGUCUACAAAAACUGAACCUGUCAUCAAAUCCUCUACUGGGUCUUCACAAGAGCCAGUUCGGAAGUCUUAAACAACUUCAGUCUCUAGACCUGGAAAGGAUAGAGAUUCCAAAUAUAAGUACAGAAAUGUUUCAACCUAUGAAGAAUCUUUCUCACAUUUAUUUCAAAAACUUUCGAUAUUGCUCCUAUGCUCCCCACGUGCGACUAUGUAUGCCUUUGUCUGACGGCAUUUCUUCAUUUGAGGACCUCUUGGCUAACAAUAUCCUCAGAAUAUUUGUCUGGGUUAUAGCUUUCAUUACUUGCUUUGGAAAUCUUUUUGUCAUUGGCAUGAGAUCUUUCAUUAAAGCUGAAAAUACAACUCACGCUAUGUCCAUCAAAAUCCUUUGUUGUGCUGACUGUCUGAUGGGUAUUUACUUGUUCUUCGUGGGAUUCUUUGAUAUGAAAUACCGCGGGCAGUAUCAGAAAUAUGCCCUGCUGUGGAUGGAGAGCCCGCAGUGCCACCUCCUGGGCUUCUUGGCCAUGCUGUCCACGGAAGUCUCUGUCCUAUUGCUGACCUUCUUAACUCUGGAAAAGUUCCUGGUCAUCGUCUUCCCCUUCAGUAACAUCCGACCCAAAAAGCGGCAGACCUUGGGCAUCCUCAUCUGUAUCUGGAUGGCGGGAUUUUUGAUUGCUGUAAUUCCCUUUUGGAACAAGGAUUACUUUGGAAACUUUUAUGGGAAAAAUGGAGUAUGUUUCCCACUUUACCAUGACCACACAGAAGCUACUGGAAGCCAAUUAUAUUCUCUUGGAAUUUUCCUAGGUGUAAAUUUGCUGGCUUUUCUCAUCAUCAUGUUUUCCUAUAUUACCAUGUUCUGCUCCAUUCAAAAAACUGCUGCAAAAACAGCAGAAGUAAGGAAUCACAUUGGAAAAGAGGUGGCUGUUGCAAACCGUUUCUUUUUUAUAGUGUUCUCUGAUGCCAUCUGCUGGAUUCCUGUAUUUGUAGUUAAAAUCCUUUCCCUUCUCCGAGUGGAAAUACCAGGCACAAUCACUUCCUGGAUAGUGAUUUUUUUCCUUCCGGUAAACAGUGCCUUGAACCCGAUCCUCUACACUCUCACCACCAGCUUUUUUAAGGACAAGUUGAAACAGCUACUACACAAACAUCGGAGGAAAUCAGUUUUCAAAAUUAAAAAAAGAAGUUUAUCUACAUCCAUUGUAUGGACAGAUGACUCCUCUUCACUUAAACUUGGAGUUUUGAACAAAAUAACCUUUGGGGACAAUAUAAUGAAACCACUUCCCUGA